AUGACGGAUUUGAACAACUGUCUUUCCAAGGAACUGCAUCUUCAUAGGUGGGGAGAUGGCUCUUCUGUUUGCAUUCCUAUUGCGUUAGUUCCCAUAGGAUCACCCUCAUUCCUGGUCUCCUUACUAUCAUCGUCAUCAUUAUCUGACAACUCUGUUACGGUUGUUCCUGGGUCUGUAGGCGGAUUGCCCAAUCAGGCUCACAAGAGGAAAGCAGUCCCAAAAAAAUUUUCUUUCUUUAUUUCCUUUCUUUCAUUUCUUUUUUCUUUUUUCUUUCAUUUAUUUCUCUACCUUUUCUUUUCUUUCUCCCUUUCUUUCUUUCCUUUAUUUCAUCCCUUUAUUUCUUUCCUUUCUUUCUUUUCGUCUUUCUUUCUUUUCGUCUUUCUUUCCUUUCGUCUUUCUUUCCUUUCUUUCUUUUCGUCUUUCUUUCUUUUCGUCUUUCUUUCUUUUCGUCUUUCUUUCUUUUCGUCUUUCUUUCUUUUCGUCUUUCUUGAAUCUUUUUCUUUUUCUCUGUCUUUUUUCUUUCCUUUCGUCUUUCUUUCCUUUUCUUUCUUUUCGUCUUUUCUUUCCUUUCUUUCUUUUCGUCUUUUCUUUCUUUUCGUCUUUUCUUUCUUUUCGUCUUUUCUUUCUUUUCGUCUUUUCUUUCCUUUCUUUCUUUUCGUCUUUUCUUUCCUUUCUUUCUUUUCGUCUUUUCUUUCUUUUCGUCUUUUCUUUCCUUUCUUUCUUUUCGUCUUUUCUUUCCUUCAUUGUUUGAUUUUUGCGGAAUAUGACUUUUUCGUCAUAAAUCGGUCUUUACUCUUCUUUUUCAUUUGGCAACCUUUCUUUUUCUUAGCCUCAUUGCCUUUUUUUUGCUAUUUGCCUCUCUUUUUUUUUACUCGCACUUCUCUUAAUAGCUUCUUUUCCUUUUUCCCUCAAUUCAACUUUCUCCUACCAACGACUUCUGCUUGCUACAUAAUCACCUGA